CGCAGGGCGGAAGAAAAAAUCAAUGGGGUAGGGCGCGAAAAGGCGCAUGACAGACCCGCGCGGCCAAGAGCGGAGCGACCCAGUGCUCGCCUCGGCCUCAGCGAAGCCGUAAAGCAGUGCCGAGGUUCAUCCCUGCAGCCAUGGAUUUGUCUUGGGACUUUCUCAAGUGCUGUUUUGACUCGGACCUGCCUGAAUUCUUCGAGUCCGCCGUGAACAAGUGCACCGAUCCCAGUUGCUGUUGUGGGUGCUGCUCCGCCCUUCGACCGCGCUACAAACGUCUCGUGGAUAAUAUUUUUCCUGUUGAUGCGCAGGAUGGCCUGGCCAAGAACAACAUGGACAAACUUACUUAUUACGCCCUGGCCUCGCCAGAAAAGCUGGACAGAAUUGGCGAGUACCUUCUGCAAAGGGCCCGCCGAGACGUCUACCGCCGUCGGUAUGGCUUUGCCACUAUUGCUAUGGAAGCGAUGGACCAACUGCUUUCUGCUUGCCACGGCCAGACGAUUAAUUUGUUUGUCGAGAGCUACCUGAAGAUGGUGCAGAACUUGCUCGAGUCGACGGAGCACAACUUGCAAGUCCUCGCAACUCAAUCCUUUGUGAAGUUUGCUAACAUUGAGGAGGACACUCCAUCCUACCACAGGAGAUACGAUUUUUUUGUAUCAAAGUUCUCCUCGAUGUGUCACUUUGUCAAUGACAGUGACGAACUGCAGAGCAAAAUCAGACUCGCUGGCAUCAAAGGACUACAGGGGGUUGUCAGGAAAACAGUGGCUGAUGAUCUGGUUGAAAAUAUUUGGGCACCGGAUCAUAUGAACAAAAUCGUACCAUCUUUGCUGUACAACAUGCAAGAUUUACCGCACUUGAAGAAAGGAUACCAUCCAGUGCAAGAAGAAAAUCAAGAAGAGAGAAUUGAUCCACCUGCCUUGGCGGAAACUUGCAUGCGAGAACUGGUUGGCAGGGCCUCUUUUGGACAGAUCAGAUGUGUGGUAAAACCAGUCUUGAAGCACAUCGAUAACCACAACUUGUGGCUCUCCAACAAGUUUGCUACGCACACCUUCAAAGUCAUCAUGUUUUCUAUUCAAGCGCAACACUCGUAUGCUGUUGUUGAAACUUUGAUGGCCCACUUGGACGAGAAUUCAAAAGCCUCUCCUAAAAUCAGAACUAGCGUGGCUGAGGUGUUGUCUAAAAUUAUAGCAAUUGCUGCAGGAGAGAGCAUCGGUCCUUCCGUGUUGGAAAUCAUCAAUUCUCUUUUGACACAUCUGCGGCACUCUGUGAUGACUGACAUUCCAUCGGAGCAGAGAAGGGACGAAAAGAUGUAUCAAGAAGCACUGAUCAACGCUCUGGGAGAAUUCGCCAACCACCUGCCAGAUUAUCAGAAGAUUGAGAUAAUGAAGUUCAUUAUGAGCAAAGUGCCACAAUUCACCGACAAUAACAAAAAAGGAGGCUCUAACGUAGCACACGCAUUGUUACAAAAUAUCCUUCUCAAGUCUCUCCUUAAGGUUGGAACUAAGUACAGGACUGUGCAGUUUUCAACUACAUUCCCAAUGUCAUUCCUGGAGCCACUAUUGAGAAUGUCUGCAGCGCCUGAUGGCGACAUGAGACUUUUGGUACAACGGAUUCUUCAUACCUUAAUUGACAGACAUCACAAUAUUGAUAAGCUCCAAAGCCCAAGUGUCGAUGUAGCAGAGAUUGGUUUGGUGACUGAAAAAUGCUGUCAACCAGACGAGAUUUUUGUUCGCAAACAUGGACAAGAAAUUUGUUCGUGUCUGGGGCUGAGCUUGGAGGAGCCGAGCAACACAAUUGAACACAUAUCUGCCGUAUACACCACCUUGGCUCUUUACUGCGUAGAAAUUAGUUGCAAGGAGACCAUGAUGGAUAUUUUGAGGCUUCUCAAAAGUAUUCAGGACACUGCCACGACAAGCAGCCAACUGAGCACAGUUCAGAGGUGCAGCCUUCACGCUGUAGUAGCUAGUCUACUCACUCUUUUACCGUAUGUGAUGGGGGUGGCCCCUCUCCAAGAAUAUGCUGAUCAGAUCAUUACUUUGCGGAGGCAAAAAGCACCACACUUUCUGCCACCCCUGCGGAGCCGGAUUGAAGUUCCCGGCAACAACUCGCCAGGACAAAUGCCCAGUGAGAUGGGCAUUGAUCUGGCAGUUAUCAUAGACAUCCUUAGGUCCGCAGGGUACGACAUCACUAGACUUCAGGCACCCUUCGAGUCUAACGGCCCUAGGAACUCUUGGGUUGAUUCAGUAACUGGAAGAGGAAGUGUUGGAGAUCUAAACAUUACUGCAGACGAAGACAGCCCUGCCUCAUCACCAGGAAUAAUAAGAAAACCGAUCGACCCUCAACUGACUGUGGAAGCAUUGAAAAAGAUGCUGAACGAACCUCCCAGCAUCAGAAAGCAGGAGGAGGAGCAAUACAGGCAGCAACUUUGCAUGGCCUACAGAAUGGAGCCCUUCCAAGAGCUCGUCUCAAGAAAUAAAGCAAAAACUGAUACUCUUCAAAACACUUUGAACGACAUCUUCAGCAUGCUUGUUAGUGAUGUACAGAGGCCUCCUCACACUCCCAACCUGUCGAUCAGCAGGCAAGGAACCAAAAACUCUACAGACAGCUUCGUCGACCUAACCACCAACACCCCUGCGUCAGCCAUAGACCAGCCGCCGUCAUAUGAGAUUCUGUUCCCACAACUCUUCCACAUAUAAAUCACUAUAUAAUACUGAUUGUUGAUACUAUAUUGGAAUUCCUUUAUGAAGGAAACUCACUUGUUCAAAAUCGAUGGCAAUAAAAUAAAAAAAUGU